AUGAAGGCCAUGGAGCUGAAAGUCUGGGUGGACGGCGUACAGCGCAUCGUGUGCGGCGUUACAGAGUUCACCACCUGCCAAGAAGUGGUCAUCGCGCUCGCUCAAGCCAUCGGUCGCACAGGCAGAUACACCUUAAUUGAGAAAUGGAGGGAAACGGAGCGCCAUCUCGCGCCCCAGGAGAAUCCCGUGGUGUCGCUCAACAAAUGGGGCCAGUACGCCAGUGACGUGCAGCUUAUCCUCCAGCGGACCGGCCCGUCCGUUAGCGAGCGCCCCCCGCCGGACGGGCUGGCCCGCGGGUCGGAGCGAGCUUUCUACCGCCAGAGCUUACCCCCACUGGCCAAGCUGCGCCCCUCGGGGGCCGAUCGUUCGCUCAAGCGAAGGGAGCCAAAACGCAAGUCUCUGACUUUCAGCGGAGGGGCGAGAGGUCUGCGGGAGAUCUUUGGGAAAAACAGAGAUGCCGAAGGUACUAACACCCAGCAGCGCGGCGUAAGCUUGAACCUCAGCCGGGUAAUCAGGGGCGAAAGCGGUGGCGGGUCAUCCUCGGUGCCGAGCAGUCCGGCGCGAGAGCUGGGGCGACUGGUCCGUCUGCAGAGAGACAAACUGCAGGUUCUGGAAAGCCGUCUUCUGUGCUGCGAGGCCGAGCUGCGGGAAUGGGAGGAGGCCAGCGAGGAAGGAUGCCUGGAAGAGGAGCUUCUGCUCUUGGAGCAGCAGGUGAGAAGGAACGACGCCGAGAUGGACGAGGAGGAAUUCUGGCAGAACGAGCUGCUCAUCGAGCAGGAGAGCGAGCGGCAACUUCGGCAACAGCUGGCCGAGCUGCAGGCCCGGGUGCGCGACUGCGAGGCUAAGCUUUCCGAAUACUUAGCGCGCAUUCAGAGCAUGGAGGGUGGCCUCCAGCAAGAGCGUCUGCUGCAGGACGAUGAACUCAGUCACGUGAUCAAUGAAGAGGAGGUGGAGGCCCAACUGGAGAAAGUGACAACAGAGCUGGACUUGCAGAGCCAGCACACGGCUCGCUUGGAGAGCGGCUGCAGGGCGUUGGAACGCUCGCUCGGCCAGUCCGGCAAAAGACUUCAGGAGAAAGAGCAGGAGCUGGAGCAGCUGACUAAAGAGCUUCGGCAGGUCAACCUGCAGCAGUUCAUUCAGCAGACGGGCACCAAGGUCACCGUGCUGCCGGCACAGCCAACGACUGAGGACGACGACAACAACAAUGAGGAAGAUUGUGGAUCUCUGCGACGCCUCUUACCCAGCAAUCUUCACUCCCUGCAAAGCAGCACUUCAUCUGGUCUUAACCCGGAAGGCAUCUACGUUUAA